UUUCUCUCUUUUUUAUUUUUGGGUGCGGUGGGCGAAUGGAGGAUGGAGUGCGGAGAUGGUUGAUCGACAUCUCUCAGUGGAAUCCUUCUCAGGAUCAGUUCUCCUCCCUCGUUUCUCGGCUUCCGCCGCACGAGCAGGCGGCCGUCACCCGGUUUAUAAAGUUCGAGGACAGGAAACGAGCACUUGUUAGUCGGUUGCUUCAGUACACAAUUGUGCAUGAAGUUUUGGGUAUUCCAUUUGGCAAGAUAAUCUUGGACCGUACAAUUGAGGGAAAACCAUAUCUGAAUCUUGAACGGGACUUUCUGCUUCCAAAUUUCAACUUCAAUGCAUCACAUCAUGGAAACUAUGUUGGUAUAGCAUCUGAAUCCGUUUGCCUUGUCGGUUUAGAUAUUUUUUCUCUCGUCGUCCCUCAGCAAGGAACAACUCUGGAGUUCAUCCAGAACUUCUCAUCAUAUUUUACGGUCUUAGAAUGGAAGAAAAUUGUCAAUGCUGGCACUUCAGAUGAAAUCUUAGCUGAGUUUUGCAGGUAUUGGUGUCUGAAGGAGGCAUAUGUCAAAGCGAUAGGAGCCGGGUUGGGCUUUGGGUUGCACAGAUUGGAAUUUCAUCACACAAAUUGGACCCAUAUAUCCAUCCGCAUUGAUGGGGUGGAAUCAAGAGAAUGGAGAUUUUGUCUGUUUGAGCUCGACAAAAGGCAUUGGGCAUCUGUUGCCAAAGGACAUCCAAGGAAGGCUGUUGAGAGUUAUCAGAGGGCAUUAACUCAUGUAGAUAUUGAGGAUGAAGAGUAUUGGAAGAGACUCUGUCUUCCAGAACCAGGUUUCACUCUACGUGCAGUGGAACAACUACUUCCAUUAUUAAAUUGAGAGAACUUUACUGGCAUUGGGCAUAUGCAAAUGCAUAUGAUACCUUGAUUUAAUGCUUCCUUUUUCUUUUCUUUUUUGUGGAGGGGGAGGUGCGGGUUGGAAGUGUUUGCAGAGUUCAAUAUUAAAUAUAUUACAGAACUUCUAACAGACUGCAGAAGGGAGAAAGAAAUGACGGAAUCUCACAAAAAAGGCUGUUUUAGUUCUCACUAAUCUGCAUGACAAAAGUUGGGGACAAUUGGUCGCAUCUCAUGUAUGUAUGUGGUAGGAGGGGCUUCCAGGAUAGAGACAUACCAUGGGAAUUUGUUUUAUAUUCUUGAACAUGGCUAAGUUGUUCUACAGCAAGUGGUGUGAUUUAUUAUUAUUAUUAUUAUUAUUAUUAUUAUUUUGAGUCUUUUAACUGUCUAAGAACAUUUCUUGUCUUCAGAACUAUUUAUAUCAUCCUUUAGUCAGAUCUCC